CAGCCCGAUUACUCGCCAGUACGCACUGCGCAUGCGCGCACGUUCUCCUAAAAUGCUUUUAAGUUUACGUCCUCUGUGAUGUUUCUUUUCAUAACAUUUAUUAGCGUUAUCGGUUCAAACGUCAGUGCGAAGUACGCACCCACUCCAUUUUAAAGGCUGAGGAUGCCGCUGAAAAAAAAUGACUCCAUCUUGAGCUCCAUGAAUAGCUUCAUCGGUGCGGUGAACAACAUGGACCAGACUGUCAUGGUGCCCAGCCUGCUGAGGGACAUCGCGUUGGACGAGCACACGGAGAUGAACCCGGACGUGGACGAGGGCGACAUGUGCGCCUACUACCAUCUGCUCAAGUCUUUGCGCGUCCACAUCGAAUGGGGCGUCAGGGCUACCGAGAGCACCAGGCUAACCCGUCAAAACUCCAGAUCGCCAUAUAUGGCUUCAUCAUCUGAAGAGGAGGAGGAUGAAAACGACGAUAGCUUGCAGAAUCAGUUCCAGUACCACCUCAGCGGCCUUCAAGAGGUGCUGUCCAAGCUCACUGUGCAAGCCAAUGCUCUUACCAGGUUUUACAAGCAAAGGGUUGGUAUUUAAGCAAGGAGAACACUCCAAAAAUGAGUCAUAAUUUCCCUGCUCCUGUAAUGACUAACUCAAUUUCUACAUGGUGUCGGUCCACUUCAAUGCCACGAUGCGUGUGUUACACUCAGCACUUGAAGAUUUUCCAGCACAAAACUUUUUACAUGCGCACUAAUUGGAAACACUUUUUUUUUUUUUUUUCAAAUGAAAUGGCCUUAGCACAUAUCACUUAUAAAAGAAAUUAUGACAUCACAGCUUUUUAUGAACCAAAUCACGAUUAACUUACCAAAUUGGAACUCCUCAUCUUGAUUUUGUUUUGUUUGUACAAUUAUGUCCAUUGACAAAGUGUUAUUUCAUGUAAAAUUAAACAUUUAUUUUAAUAAAAUUACAAAUUAUUUUUCCUUGAA